CAGUCGUAGUCAUUCAGUCCCUGUGAUCUCCUUAGACGCAGCGCUGUCGUUUAUUCAGGACGCGAAGGGAACUUAAAGAAAGACACGGUCUGCGCCACAAUGAAAGGAUAAUCUCUUACGAGCGAUGAGAUGCAUAAAGAUAUUUAAAAAAAUGGAAGAAAGUAACAGAAAGAUUAGAAUGAAUGAUAUUUAUACAACCGUUACAACAGAUUUUAACAGAUUUGUUCAUCUUCUAUACUAAUCGUCCACGCUGAAGCAAGUUUUUAGGAUUAGUACAGAAAUUUGUACUUUUGCAUUUUCACCUAUAUUUGCAAUUUCGACGUGUGCACUUUUAAUUAGAUUUUUUUCCGUCCAGUGGAAAAGUUUCGAGCAUUGAACAGACCGACUUAAGUCUUAUUUUACGGUGCGUGGCGUAUCCAUCUGGAACCAUCUCCCGCAAAGUCUGCUGACUUCCAGCAGUCUCUUGAUAGAAAGAUCACGCUUCAAUCUGUGACACGGUAGUAAUAGCAUAUUUGCCAGGUCCCUCGUUGUCUGCCCGUCUCUCUGGGGAGUGUAGGUAGGGCUUGCAGUCACGGCUCUUUAACAGCUAAAGAUAGCGCUGUGAGGGAGAGGAAGGAGCGCUCCAGUGUGUCUCUUGCUGUUCGGGGGACGCUCUCAGCGGGGCGAUCGCAGAGAGACGCAAUCCACCAGCAGAUCUAUGAUUGCAAUUCGGCUCCUUUUUUCUUUGCUGAUGGUAGAGGAAUCAUGCAGCAAAGCUUUGCCGUGCUCUGCAUCAGUUUUCUUGGGGUGUGUCUCGGUUCAAGUUUCCCAAGUAAUAUAAAUAUAGGGGGAUUUUUUCCCAGCGGCUCACACGAAUAUGAGGUUUUUCGUUUUGCGCUCUUGCACCACCAGGAUAUACCUAAACUGGUACCUCACGUGGAUAUGGUCAAUAUCUCCGACAGCUUCGAAAUGACAUAUGCUUUUUGUUCGCAGUUUUCCAAAGGAGUGUACGCCAUCAUCGGCCUCUACGACAGGCGGACCGUGAACAUGCUGAUGUCCUUCUGCGGGGCGCUGCACGUCUGCUUCAUCACGCCCAGCUUCCCCAUCGAGGCCUCCAACCAGUUUGUGAUCCAGCUACGGCCCGAGCUGCAGGACGCCCUGGUGGCCAUCAUCGAGCACUACAAGUGGAGCAAGUUCGUCUACAUGUACAGCUCACACUCCGGCAUGACAGCUUUGCAGAAGGUUCUGGACACAGCCGCGGAGAAGAACUGGAUGGUUACCUCCAUAAACCUGCUGACUAUGACGGAGGCGGCCUUUCUGAAGGUCCUCCAGGACCUGGACAAGAAGAAGGAGGGACAGAUCAUUAUGGACUGUGAGCUGGAGAGGCUUUCCUCCAUCCUCAACCUGAUUGCAGCUCAAGGGAGGAACCUGAAAAGCUACCAUUACAUACUGGCCAACCUGGGGUUCCUCGACAUCGACCUGACGGAGUUCAAGAAGAGCGGGGCCAACGUGACGGGGUUCCAGCUGAUGAACUACUCGGACCCGGAUGUGAGCAGGACCAUACAGGAGUGGCUGGAGUUCGACAGCAAAGAUAUCAAAGCCCCGAAGAAAAGGCUGAAGUACACUGGCGCCCUCACCUACGAUGGAGUCAGCGUUAUGGCGGCGGCCUUUCAGAACCUCCGCAGGCAGCGUAUCGAUAUCUCGCGGAGGGGCAACGCGGGCGACUGCCUGGCCAACCCCCCGGCACCGUGGGGACAGGGGAUCGAUAUCCAGAGAGCCCUGCAGCAGGUCCAGAUCAAAGGGCUGACGGGACACAUCCAGUUUAACGAGAAAGGCCGGCGGACGAACUACACGGUCAGCGUGAUGGAGCUGGGGGCAGAUGGACCGAAGAAGGUCGGCUACUGGAACGAGGAGGAGAAGUACGUCAGCACCGCCACGUACCCGCACGGCGUCAAUGAGACCUUCGGCUUGCAGAACCGGACCUACAUCGUCACGACCAUCCUGGAGUCGCCGUAUGUGAUGCUGAAGAAGAACCACGACCAGUUCGUGGGCAAUGACAAGUACGAGGGCUACUGCGUGGAGCUGGCUGCCGAAAUCGCCAAGCACGUCGGCUACACGUACAAGCUGGAGAUCGUUCCGGACGGGAAGUACGGGGCCCGUGAUUCCGAGACAAAGAUGUGGAACGGCAUGGUGGGGGAGCUGGUAUACGGGAAAGCCGACGUGGCCGUGGCCCCCCUGACCAUCACGCUGGUGAGGGAGGAGGUCAUCGACUUCUCCAAACCCUUCAUGAGUCUGGGCAUCUCCAUCAUGAUCAAGAAGCCGACGAAGUCUAAGCCGGGCGUCUUCUCCUUCCUGGACCCGCUUGCCUACGAGAUCUGGAUGUGCAUCGUCUUCGCCUACAUCGGCGUCAGCGUGGUGCUCUUCCUGGUCAGCCGCUUCAGCCCCUACGAGUGGCACGGGGGUGAGAUGGAGGAGGUGGAGGAGCAGCAGUCCAGCCAGCAGCAGCAGCAGCAGCCGCCACAGUCCCCCGCGCUGGAGAACCAGGCCCAGGCGUCUCCGAACCAUCCUCAGCAGCAGAGCCAGGAGCACACCAACGAGUUCGGCAUCUUCAACAGCUUGUGGUUCUCCCUCGGAGCAUUCAUGCAGCAAGGCUGCGACAUCUCACCCAGAUCCCUCUCCGGCCGCAUCGUGGGCGGAGUGUGGUGGUUCUUCACCCUCAUCAUCAUCUCCUCUUACACGGCCAACCUGGCCGCCUUCCUCACCGUCGAGAGGAUGGUGUCGCCCAUCGAGAGCGCGGAGGAUCUGGCGAAGCAGACAGAGAUCGCCUACGGCACCUUGGAUGGUGGUUCUACCAAGGAGUUCUUUAGGAGGUCCAAGAUCGCUGUCUUCGAGAAGAUGUGGUCCUACAUGAAGGCGGCAGACCCGUCCGUGUUCGUAAAGACGACGGACGAGGGCGUGCUCAGGGUGAGGAAGUCGAAGGGGAAGUACGCCUACCUGCUGGAGUCCACCAUGAACGAGUACAUCGAGCAGCGCAAGCCGUGCGACACCAUGAAGGUGGGGGGCAACUUGGAUUCCAAAGGUUACGGCGUGGCCACGCCCAAGGGAUCGGCCUUAAGAAUCCCCGUAAACCUCGCGGUGUUGAAGCUCAAUGAGCAAGCCGUCUUAGACAAACUGAAAAACAAAUGGUGGUACGAUAAAGGGGAGUGUGGAAGCAAGGACUCCGCAAGAAAGGACAAGACCAGCGCACUGAGCCUGAGCAACGUGGCUGGAGUGUUUUACAUCCUCAUCGGAGGACUGGGACUGGCCAUGCUGGUGGCCCUGGUGGAGUUCUGUUACAAGUCGAGAACCGAGUCCAGGCGAAUGAAGCAAAUCAUCAACAACGCCAUGCUGCGCUCCACUUUGACCAGAAUGACCCGGAAUGGCAGCGGAGGCGAGAACGGGCGGAUAGUGACGCAUGACUUCCCGAAGGAGGCACAGACUCUGCCGUGCGUGAGCCACGCGGCCGGCAUGGGCAUCGGCGUGUCGGGAAUGUGAAGGUGCCCCGGCUGGACGGAGUGAGCAGUCGGCAGGACGAGCCACGUCCUGCCAGGCUACCACAGGCCCUGCCGUCGAGCGGAUCCAUGCCAUGAUCAGACAAUUCACUCUGAACUGUGGAGAGAGAGAUUUUGUUUUUUUUUUUUUUUUUUUAGAGAAAUCGUUUUCAUCCACUGCAAUAAUGAAGCCAUCUGGACUUAGCGAAGGAUCGUACGAGCGCGUGGCGAAAGAGGGAAAUCCCCCAAAAUCUAACUCCUGCGCUGUGCCAGCACACUGUCCUGCUUACCCCUGUCAUCGCUUGUGAUUUACUUCUUUUUUUUUUAACUACUGAGCUGUCAGUGGUGACGUCGCCGCUGCAACAGCGGGCUGUAGUCCAAGACGUUCAAACAAAAAGUCACUUGGCAGAAACCGAUAGGCUCCUCCCACUCUCUGUUAUGUUCUGCUAUUCGUCACAUCUUUAAGUAGAUGAUAAAAAGAAUGUACUAAGAAUUAUUGUUGGAAGUAGAAAAAAAAUUGCAUAAAUUGUCUGUUAUUAUUAUUAUUACUAUUAUUAUUAUUAUUAUUAUUUACCAGAAUCCCAGGUAUGGCUGUACCCAUCUCUAUCUGCCAAUUUUUAAACGUAGUAUUUAAAUGGAUGAGUUGUUGUAUUAUUUUAUUAUUUUUACCACUUUCUCAGUAGAAAUAUGACGUACUAUACAGUACAAUUCACAAGAGAAAAAGUUGUCUGAAGUCCUGAAAGAGCUUUCGUGAGAAGCCUGAGGGAGCACGUCCAAUCAGGUCCAAUCAAGUCAAAGCCCAAGAGCAAAAGCCUUUGUUUGAAAAUCGGCCCGAAUUGGAGGAUCUGUGGAGUGGUAUAUACCUCCGCGUCCACGUGCAUGUUCACACGGACAGUUCCGGUAUUCACAUAUGUGUUUGAUAUGACCGUCUUCAUGUAUGUGAGAUUUGUCCCGGUAUCUUGCAUGCUUGUGAAGCCGUAUUUGCAAAAUUGCCGGUUUACCAUCUGUACAAUGGCCAGGUGAAGGAAUGACUGCUCUUCUCAGCAUAUCUGCAUAUCAGAAAGAUACAUUUUUCAUUUUUUCUGAUAUUUAUAAAUUAGUAUUAUUCUGGCAAAGAUCUUUUUAAGAGGGAUUGACUCAAGUCAGUCUGACACGUUUGUGCCGAGAGAAACAAGAACGACUGCAAUUAACCCACCGCUGUACCUUCUCUACAAUGUCUGGACACUUUUAUUUUGUUGAAUCUGAUUUGGAAACAGGUGUAUGACAGCUUCCGGUUUUCCGUUUAUUACUUUUUGCGCUAUAUUUUGUCCACACACACACACACAAACUACUGUACACAAUUCUGUAUAUAGUGGUCCACACAAACUGGACGUGAAAGCAUAAGAAUUGCACUUAGAUGCCCCCUUAAGGCCCUCAGACAUUAAUCCGUGACACAUAAAACCUUAAAAAAAGUGUAAUUACUUCAAAAACAUCACAUCCUACAGUACACUGUACAGAUAUAUAUUGUCCAUCACAAUUAAUUGAUUAGAAUAAUCAUGAUUUUUGUUGUUUUUAUGGCACAGCACAGAACUAUAUAAGCCCUUUUCAAAUAUAUUUGAAACAUAUUCUACUUUUUAAAGAACAUUUUUAUACCCUAAUGAAUAAAGACAUUGUAUACAGAAUACUUACGUAUGUAAAUCUUGUUAAACUUGGUGUUGAGUUAGACAUGACACGUCGUGUUCAGUUUAGUUUGUUUUGAGUUUAGUCUUGUUGAUUUCGUGACAUUUGCAGGGAAAUUAACGGGGUAUGGGGUCCAUUAAAAAAAUAUGGUUUCACGGUUUGUUUGCUGAAAUGCUAUUAAAAAAAAGGUUAAUCUUA